AUGGCCAUCUCUGGAGAGACAAGGGAAGGUGCUGGUGAGGGUGACGAUAGUGAUACAGCAACAAGAGCCAGAAAUUCAGUCUCAUCAUUGUUAUCGUCCUCCUCUUCUUCUUCUUCACUAUUUGAAAUAAUUCAGCCUCACAACAAUGACAUUGAUAACAUACAAAAGAGUGCAGAAAAUGUUAAAGAUGAACAAUCUAAUGAGGAAUUAUAUCAUCAAGAUAAUCAACAACAACAACAACAACAACAACAACAACAACAAGAGCAAGAGCAAGAACUCCAAAGCCUGACAGGUUCCGAGGCAUAUUACAAAGCUACAACAGUCACUAUUACUGACUCAGAAUCUGUUGGAGGCAACACAGGAGUAGGUGGUGGAGGAGUAAUAGGAGGAGUAAGGAAAAGCGUAUACUCGUUCCCAUCUGUAGGGCUAUAUCAAGGUUUAGGCCGAGUUCAGGCUUACUCUGCUCUGAUGUUUGGUGCUUUUGGAAUCAUUCAUUUGGUGCCCCCUGUCUUAGCGUCUGUUGGAGGCGUAGAAUUGGCAAACAAGGCUCUUAUCUGGGGACGCGUUUAUUAUCAGACUUACGGUAUCGAACAGGUGUUCGUUUAUGGGUCAUUAGCACUUCACGUUGGAACAGGUUUCUGUAAAGCUUUGGUGAGAUUUAUUUGGAAGGCCAAGGCUUAUUAUGCUUCCACAACCCCUGUCAUUACAGAUGAAGGACUGUUCCCAUAUCAUCGUUUGGUGGGAUGGUGUUUGACACCUAUUGUUCUAGGUCAUGCGAACUCGAUGCGUGCAGUCCCGGUAGAUGUUCUGGGAGAUUCGGCAAUGAUUGAUUAUUCGUUUGUCACUUUUUUAUAUCGGAUGAAGAAAUCUUCUACGAUACCCUAUGUAUUGCUGGUGGGCUUUUUAGCCUAUCAUAUGAUGAGUGGGGGACCUAUUGCUUUCAACAUGGCGUUGCCUAAAAAAAGUAAUAAUAGCAGUCGCAUCAAAGUCCAAGAUCUGAUCAAGUCAAGAAAGACUCGGGUUGUGGUGGCAGGAGUUGUAUCAACAAUUGCAUUGGUGGGUGUGUACAGGAUCGUGGCCAUGGAAGGUUCUAUUCCCAUGUCCAGGAUUUAUAGGCUUCUUAUGUGA